AUGUCUACGAGAGGUCGAUAUACGGGUAUCAAUGCAGACAUCAGCAUCUCGUCCAGGCCAGCAGCCCGCCACUCACUUGCAAAAAUCAUGGAGACGACUUCGUUAAAGUCGCUGGUCGGUCCUUACGAUGGAGAUGCUCUUGAACGGAUCACUGAGUCACCACUGGAAAACUCCGGCGAGAACAAUGCAGCGAUUACUUGCCACUUUGGACAAACAAACCAAAUAACAUCUACUACCCUUAUUGGGGUAUACACCCAGGAUAUUACUGCCACAGUGGUUAAUGGCCUCUUUCCUCCAUACCAGCAUCAUCCAUCUGCUCGAGUGAAGUACGUUCCACCCUCUUCGACAUCUAUUGUUAUGUUUACAUUACCCUCCGUCAAGUCGGUGUUAGCCAUCGUAUUGUGGGCCAUUGCGACUUCGAUCCGCGACUUGAACGCAGUUGCUGAUAAUAUAGUCACAUUCUCCCUCGCCGACUCCUCUGUUCCGACAUUCGUCUCAGAAGUCGCCGAAGUUCUCACUAUUCUCAUACAAGUCUUAAUCAACGCCCUAUUGUUUGCCAUCGCGUCCGCCAUGCUCUGGUUGCUGAAGCACGUCAAGUUCCCCCAGUUCCCGUCGUUCGGCGACCUUGACACCGCGGCAAAUUGUUCUCCCACCGACGUGGACAGUGGCAACCCCGAGCUAGCUCUACUCGUCCCGCCCAUGGAACCAGUCUUUCAAGCUCCAAGCCCGUCCGAGGCUACCGUGUCACGAAUCCUGCCCCAGCCCUCUGGGAAGGGGACUGUGUUCACCCGCCCCGACACAACAGUCUUUCAAGCUCCAAUUUCACCUGAAGUUCCUUUGCUGCCAACCCCUCAGGUGGCGAAGGAGCCUGUGUUCUCCCGUCCCAAGGAAACAACGAACCCAGCCAUACCUUCGCGUCAAGCUACCGUCGCGCCAUUGCCUCCCAGCUUCGGGCAAGUCGUGUUCACCCGGCCCAAGGAAACAGCGAAACAAAUUGCGGUUCCAUCUGAAGCUACCGCUGCGCCAAUCACCCGUCAUACUUUUGGGACGGAAAUCGUGUUCACUCGGCCCGCCCCCUCUACUUCCGAUACAUCGUCCUGCCCACCGACACCCACCGACAACGAAAUAGAUGCGACCGUUCAUGUAGUCGAAGGCGGAGAAGUCCCACUGGAUGAGGACGAGACAAUCAAGAAGGAACUGCCGCCAGUCACUGACAAACUCCUGCUCGUUGGCCGCAGAGAACGCGUCUCGCCUAUGCUCAUGCCUUUCAAUGGUCGGACGGCAGUCUCUAAUUUCCCCAUCAGGGACCUGAUUAUUGACGCCAAACUCGGCCAAGGCACCUUCGGCUCGGUGUAUCGCACUGUCGACCUGCAGACGUCGACAAUGUACGCUGUCAAGGUCAUCGAGAAAGAUGACGAUGAGAAGGAACACGGAUAUCAGCGGCGAUGCGUACGGCGAGAGAUAUAUCACCAAUCUGACAUGUCCACAUACGGAGCUCUUUUCGCCGAAGUCCAGGGUGCUAUGGAGACACCUACGCAUUACUUUCUUGUGCAGACUUAUUAUAAGUGCGGUGAUCUUUCUCGAUGGUUGUACCGUCGCAAACGCUUUUCAGUGGAGAGAACUGUGGUUUAUGUCGCCCAGAUCGUCCAUAUGAUUGAGUUGAUGCAGCAGAAUGGUAUCCUUCACCGCGACAUCAAGCCAGCAAACAUCCUUGUAGAUAAAGACGGUUACCUUCAUAUGACCGACUUCGGCCUCUCACAUCAAUAUGCCUUCAUCGACCGAAGACGUGGUCUCUACAACUAUCCCCAAUACGAACUUUGGAAGCCUGCGGGCACGCCGGAAUAUGCACCUCCAGAAAUGUCCCUCGGCCAAAUCUACAAUCUCUGGGUUGACUUUUACAGUCUCGGGAUCGUUACUUAUGAACUCCUCACUGGAGAACUCCCAAGACGCGACGUUUUGAAGAGGCGCGGGGACCGCGUGGAGGCCUUUGAACACCCUAACUUCUCCGAAAUCCCUCCCAACCAUGAACAAUACCUCAACCACGACGCCCUUGACUUCAUUAAAUCCUUGGUGUAUGACCCGCGGUCGCCGUACUGCAUGACGACUAUCGCCGGCAUCAAGGCCCACCCGUUCCUUCGCAACGCGCCUUGGUAUGAAAUUGAGAAUAACCAAAUAUUCGACCUCAAGGCGAAGCCCGUCUAA